CGACUUCCAGCUAGUUUUCCGAGCCCCAACCCCUUCCAAUUUUUCCCGCUCCUGAGAUUUUCCCGAGAAAAUUGCCAGAGAAAAUUUUCUGUUUGAGCAGGGAGAGAGAGAGAGAGUAGAAACAGCGAGGUGUGAAAUCAAGGAAUGGCGACGAUUGCAGUAUCGGGAGCCACUGAAACACAGAAGAAGAACAGAAUUCAGGUUUCAAACACCAAGAAACCACUAUUCUUCUACGUUAACCUCGCUAAGAGGUAUAUUCAACAGCACAAUGAGGUUGAGCUUUCUGCCCUGGGAAUGGCAAUCACUACUGUUGUCACAAUUGCGGAGAUUCUAAAGAACAAUGGGUUGGCUACAGAGAAGAAAGUUUUGACUUCUACAGUUGGCAUGAAAGAUGAGAACAAAGGUCGUUUGGUUCAGAAAGCCAAGAUUGAGAUUGUUCUGGGGAAGUCUGAGAAAUUUGAUUCUCUGAUGACUGCGGCCACAGCUGCUGCGCCAGAGGCAGCUGCUGAAGAGAAAAAGGCAGAGGAAAGCAAGGAGCAGCCGGAGCAGUAGGGGGAGGAGAGGGGACAUUUUGAAGAUGUUACAUUGUUGUAGUUUAAGAAUAUCACAAAUGCAAUAUUAUAGGAUAGGGGAUUUUGAUUUUGAAUUGCUCUCUUUUCUAGUUUCUUUUUUUUGGGACAGUUACAGUUUUCAAUGAGAUGCCAUGCCAUCACCAAAAAGACAAAGAAAAAAAAAAAAAAACCUUUCUUCUCUAUCAAGUGUGUGUUGAGAAGGGAGCCUACUGUCUGUGUUUGCAUUUGUUAGCUUCAUGGUGAUCUAAUGAACUGAUAAAAGGAUGCCUCAUCUUGAA